AUGAAUUUCAAACCUGAUAAGUCCCCAGGUCCAGAUGGUUUUCCUGCUAGGUUUUUUCAAACCUUUUGGACCAUUAUGCAAUCUGAAGUAUGUGCAGCUGUUCAUCACUUCUUUGUUUCAGAUCAGUUUUCUCAGCUUAUCAACUCUGAAGUUGCUAAUGGGAGAGUUCAAUUAUCAAACAUAGCUCGGAAAGCCAAUUCUAGCAUAUGUCACACAUUUUUUGCAGAUGAUCUUUUGGUUACAUGUAAAGCCUCCAUUUCCAAUGCUAGGUCUCUUCAAGGAAUUUUUAAAACAUUUGGUGAGGCUUCUGGCUUGCAUGUCAAUUUUCAGAAAACAAGUGUUAUUUUUUCCAAGGCAGUUAGAAGAAGAAGUGCUAUUCUUGAUCUGUUACAUUGCAAAGAGGAAAAAUUACCUUUGAAAUAUUUGGGUAUUCCUCUAUGUUCAACGGGCUUAAAGAAAUUUCAUUAUAAUGUUCUCAUGGACAAAAUCUUAAAAAAGCUGAAUACUUGGAGUAAUAAUCUGUUGUCAGUAGCUGAUGUUAUUAAUCAUAUUCAGAAGUUGUGCAGAGAUUUUGUUUGGGGCAGUAAAGACAAUCUGAAGAAGCUACAUCUUAUGAGCUGGGAUAUGAUGUGUAGAACUAAAUUGGAAGGAGGGUUGGGUAUCCGAAAGCUGAUUGACUUGUUGAAAACCUCUCAAUGUGUUCUAGCUUGGAAUUUCCUACUAAGUAAAGAUCAUAUUUGGGUCCCUUGGUUCAAGCACAGGGACCUUAUGCAUCUUAACAUUAAUUUUUCAAUUGGUACUGGGAACAUUUUUAAUCUUCUCGCCGAUCAAUGA